AUGCACAACUCAGACAGCGACUCCCCCACCCCACCCCCACCCUCUCCGCGGCGCCAGCACCCCAACAUCCUCCUCACCGGCACCCCAGGCACGGGCAAGACCACGACCGCCUCGCUCCUCUCCCUCACGCUCUCGUACCCGCACAUCGAAGUCGGCGCCCUCGUCAAGCAGCACGCGCUGCACACCGGCUACUCGGCUGAAUUCGACUCGUACUACAUCGACGAGGAUAAGGUGGUGGAUUAUCUCGAGGACGAGGUCAGCGAGGGAGGGCGCGUCGUCGAUCACCAUGGGUGUGAUUUCUUCCCGGAGAGGUGGUUUGAUUUGGUCGUGGUGUUGAGGGCCGGGACCGAGGUGCUGUUUGGCCGCUUGGAGAAGAGAAACUACCCCCCCAAGAAGAUAACAGAAAACAUCGAGUGCGAAAUCAUGCAGGUCGUCCUCGAAGAAGCGCGCGACUCAUACGCCGGCGAUAUCGUUUGGGAGCGCUCGAGCGAGACGGUCGAUGACAUGGAGAGGAACGUUGAGGAGAUUGCGGCGUGGGUGGAGGCGUGGGUUGCGCGGAGGGCUGUCGAAUGA